CAUUAAUUAGGCUGAUUUGAUUGAUUUAAGAGCUAGAGGACGGUUGACGGGCCGCGCCCACUAGACCAGGUGAGGAGUGUCGAUGGGACCGCCCCUAGUGGUGGCGUCUCGCUCGCACUCAGCGCUUGGGAUGGGAGGACGGUGACGGUUUUGACGUAGUGCGGGCCAUCGGGGGGCGACUAUAAAUAGGCAACAGACGGAGCGGUGAGCAGGAAAUCAGCGCCCGUUUAAGUGUCCGAGCGGUUGUCGCGUGCUAGCGGAGCCCUGAAAACGCGCAAACUUUCCUGCUGUAAUCGCGUGUGCCACUGGCCCCGGGAAUGUUGUGCUGUCCACUCGGCUGACCCGAUCGAUCGUUACCGUUGCCCCAAAUCAGCCGCCCCGGGACUUCCGCCCCAAUCAACCCCAAUCUGUUUUAAUAAGGGCGAUUAGGGUCGCUGAUCAGGUUCCGCGAUGGCCCAUCUAGUGACCAGUGCGGUUGCCAAGUACCACGACGUGCUGGACAACAAGAGCGAUCCGCGGGUGCAGGCCUGGCCCAUGAUGGGCAGCCCGUUGCCCACGCUGGGCAUCUGUCUGUUCUACGCGUACUUUUCGCGGGUGUUGGGGCCGCGCCUCAUGGAGAACCGGAAGCCGUUCAGCCUCAAGGGGCUGCUCAUCGUCUACAACCUGUUCCAGACGCUGUUCAGCGGCUGGAUCUUCUAUGAGUACUUGAUGAGCGGCUGGUGGGGCAGCUACAGUUUCCGGUGCCAGCCGGUCGACUACUCGGACAGCCCCAUGGCGCUGCGGAUGGCGCGCACCUGCUGGUGGUACUACAUCUCCAAGUUCACCGAGUUCUUCGACACGCUGUUCUUCAUUCUGCGCAAGAAGAACAGCCACGUGUCCACGCUGCACGUGAUCCAUCACGGCUGCAUGCCCUUCUCCGUGUGGAUGGGGAUGAAGUUCGCGCCGGGCGGGCACAGCACCUUCUUCGCCCUGCUCAACACCUUCGUGCACAUCGUGAUGUACUUCUACUACAUGGUGUCCGCGAUGGGGCCCGAGUUCCAGCGCUUCUUGUGGUGGAAGCGCUACCUCACCUCCUUCCAGAUGCUCCAGUUCGUCGCCAUCUUCGCCCACCAGUUCCAGCUGCUGUUCACCGAGUGCGACUACCCGAAGUCGUUCAUGAUCUGGAUCGCCGUCCACGGCCUCUUGUUCCUGUUCCUCUUCUCCGACUUCUACAAGGUGAACUACAGCAAGGGGGCGAAGCGCCCCAAUCAGGGCGCGUGUAUGCCGGUGGAAGGGGGCGCAGCGCAGGAGGCGCGCAGCGCCGGCGGCUCGCUCAAGAGCAACUACAUCCAGAGCGAGUUCUCCGACUCGUACAAGGCGUGCUACUCGAACGGAAGCACCAGGGGCUUCGUGUCGCAGACCUGGGAGAAGAAGGCCGAGUAGCCGGCGCGCCCCCAGUCACACCAUCAGUGCCUAAUGUUAAGACUGCCCCCGGGGGCAUUGUUUAUUAUCCUCCACCUGUAUGGUAUUUUUGUAAAUAAACCCGCUUAGUUAAA